UCCAGACACUGAACCCGUUUCCCUCCUGUUGAUGACCCAGUGAAAAUCGUCAAAUGCCUACUCUGUGAUAUUUUCAGUUCCUAUGCUUCCACUCAUAAAAGGCGCAAAUGGAUUUAAACUGCACGCUCUCGGAAUGCGAUGUGGCGGGCUUGGCCGCGCUGGCGCAGAGACUCUUUGGGAAUAACUCACUGUCCCCACUUGAUAACAGCUCCGACGCUUCCAAUUCAGAUGAGGAAGACCUGGAAGUAAAUACGGACAUUUACUCUAAGGUUAUAGUCACUGUCCUCUACGUAGCUCUGUUCGCGGUGGGCUCUAUGGGGAACUCCAUCACCCUGUACACACUGCUGACCAAAAAGACCCUGCAGAACCUCCAGAGCACUGUGCACUACCACCUGGCCAGCCUCGCCGUGUCCGACCUGCUGAUCCUAGUCCUCUCCAUGCCCAUCGAGCUCUAUAACUUCAUAUGGUUCCACCACCCGUGGGUAUUCGGAGACGCAGUGUGCAGGGGCUACUACUUCCUCCGGGACAGCUGCUCCUACGCCACCGCGCUCAACAUCGCCAGCCUGAGCGUGGAGCGCUACAUGGCCAUCUGCCAUCCGUUCAAAGCCAAGAGCAUCAUGUCCCGCAGCCGCACCAAGAAGCUGAUCAGCGCCAUGUGGCUCGCAUCCUUCGCGCUCGCUUCACCGAUGCUCUUCACCAUGGGCCAAGUGAUGCUCAAAGGCGAGAAGAUAUGCACCGCUAUCGUCUCCCCGCUCACCAUGAAGUCUGUUCUGCAGGUGAAUGCCUUUCUGUCCUUUGUGGUUCCCAUGGUGGCCAUAUCUGUGCUGAACGGGAUCAUAGCCAAUCAGCUGCUGCGAAUGUUCCGCGAGGCAGAGCAAGAAAACCGCAUCUGCAUUAUUGGGGGAAAUCCCACCAUGCUGAAUGUCACGGUAGAGCCGAACCGUGCUCAGUCGCUUCGCCAUGGAGUUCUUGUACUCCGAGCGGUGGUCAUUGCGUUCGUGGUCUGCUGGCUGCCCUAUCAUGCUCGCCGCCUCAUGUUUUGCUACGUCUCUGACUGGUCUGAUGACUUGUAUGACUUCUACCACUAUUUCUACAUGCUGACAAAUGUCCUGUUCUACGUCAGCUCAGCCAUCAAUCCCAUCCUCUACAACCUGGUGUCAGCCACCUACCGCCAGAUCUUCUUCUCCACCCUACGCUACUUCUGCAUGCCCUGCAAACAUAGGUCCAGAGGGCACCCCCACCCCUUGAACCGCCACUCCAUUAGCAUCUCCAGCAACCACACCCUCUCCACCAACAUCAUCAAAGAGACAGCGUACUAAACCCAUCAGCUGCUGCACUGUGUUUACUGGUCAGACUUUAAGGAAAUCUAGGACAGGGCUGGAGAUUGAACAGGGGCCACCAUUAUUGUCAUGUGGGGUAAAAUGCCCACUCUGAGACUGUGGUCAUUUCAGACUUUGUAAAUUGUGUUGUGAGGUAUAACAUCCUUAUUAAGCAUAACAUGAGUUUGUAUUGUAAAAAGAAGAAUGAAAAAAGAAAGUAUGGUGGAUGUAAAUAUAGUAAAUCCUUAACAUCAAACUGAUAAAUGGAUGUUUUGUACAAUGUUUCUAUAUGUACAUGUACAAAAAAAUCUCACUAGCUUGGUGAUUAACAUUAGAAAUGACCAGUGUCUAGAAGAAAGAAUUUUAAAAAUUAUCCUGAAAGUAAGAAUGGCCUAUGGCAAAAAAUGCUACAAAAUGUCAGAUGUAAGCCUCUGUGUUAUUCAGAAUGGACAUCAAUGGAUAAUCCUUGCUUUGAUGUUAGAAAAAAGGUGCACGCAAAGAGUGGGUGUUUCUCAUCCUUGUGUCUGAGUUGCGCUGACAGCUGUGUCGGAAGAAUCUCUUCCAUUUUUGUCCCUCUCUUCAUUUUAUCAGGACUGUUUUUGAUCAGAAAUAUAGUAGUUAAGAGGGUAUGUCCAGAUUAUGCUAGUAUGAAGACAAUUUGGUAGGUCAUCUCUUAAACUAUGAAAUAUGAAUGCCAUGGGAAUUCCAGGGAAAAAAACUAAAAAACUGUUUUCAAAGCUACAGAAGUGGCUGCAAAUGAUUAUUUGAAGGAUUCAUACAAAUCAGUAGUGACCUUGAGGAGUAAUUAACAUUUGGUACAAACUGCUAAUUUUGCCCGCUAUUUUAAGUUUAAGCUUGAGAUUCACUCAUAUUAAGUCAAGAUCAAUAUUUUUAUCUUUUAUACUCACACACAUUUAAAAACAGAGGGUCUAGGUUGAAAAAUACAAUAAUCUCCCUUUAAGGGACAGAAGUUUAAAAAAAAAAAAAAAAAAGCUUGUUCAAAGACCUGCAAUAAAUACUGCGGUUUUGUCAGCCUGUUGUGCUGUUUUAUGUUGUGUUGUGGUUGUUUUGUAAAAGUAAGUGUUUAUGAUAGGUUUAGGGUUUCAAAAUUCCGGGAACAUUCAAAGUUGGAGACUUUCCAUGGGAAUAAACUGGACAUUUUGUGUGGUAUUCAUACUUACUGUAUUUACCUUGUCAUAUACAGACAUAAAUAUACAAAAAAUGUUGGGUCAUAAGCUGAUUUGAGCCCUAAGAAAACUUUGGGGACUUAACUAUAUGCUUUUGCAUCUUUGUGUCAUUCUUAACAUAGGUCUUUGCACAGUAUUUGCAAAUGUACACAGCCUUUCCUUCUACAUUGGCUGGGGUGAAAUGUCUCCACACAGGAGAUAGAUGAUCAAUCCUCAAUCAGCAUGCUAAUAUAUUUCCCCUAGUAAUAUCAUCAAAACUUACCUGAUAAGUCCUUGGGCUAAUCCAGUAGUGUGGCCUCAAAAGCCCUGCUGUAGUGUGCAGGAUGCUGGGAAUUAUCUGUGCAUGUGAUGGAGAAAUGCAGGGUUGAAAUUCAACGUGCAGCGUUUGAUGCAUUCCAUACAUCUUUAAAAUAGAGAUUUGAAUGACAUUUUUAUUGCUGAGUGUUUAAUUUGCGGUAAAAAGGAAAUGUUCUAUUCCCCAAAUUCCCCAGUUUAACUUCCCAUGGAAAGUUGCCGACCCUUUGCAAUCCUAGAUAGGCUGUGAAAUACUGUUAAAUGACUUAUGUAAAAGUCAUGUUUGUUAUCUCUUUGCAUACAAAGCAAGAUAAGAGCCAGACAGUCCCAGUAACUUCUACCUGCCAGACUUAAUUGAGCCUCCUUCAUUAUGUACUGUGCUUUUUAAUAACCAGUAGAUGUCACAAAUUCACAAAAUUUUGCUGUCAUAGAUGCCCUCUAAAUCCACAUCUACAACAACUGAAAUUACUGAAAUGGAAAAGUUGUUGUGUUAGAUGUUGUCUAACAUUUCUACUCUCUGCCAUUUAACAAUGUCCUAUUGUUGUAAGAUGUGUUACAGCAGAUAAUAACCCCACUGCUGUGAGGUAGUAUGUCCUUAAAAGUAAAGAAACAUUAUAUAACAUGUUAUCAUUAGUUUACCUCAGUCUUAGUGUAUUGCACUUCAAAAUAUUUUUAGGAUGGAAUUUUCUUCUCAUGUCUUUUUAGCUGCAGAAUUUCUCUUUCCUCACUUGUUUCCCUCUGUGGCUGUAUGACAUUGCAACACACACAGGAUAUUUAAAGUGGCUCUAAAAGUCAACCUGUAUCGCCACGGUCACAUCUCCUGUCGCCUUCCCUGUGGGUGUUCCAAUCUCUUACAGCCACGUUGGGUUUAAAGCCCAAUUCAUGCUUCUGCGUCGAAGCUACGCCAUAGCCUACAAGUAGAUGUGUAACCUACACAGAGCCUUACACCAAAACCUGACGUGCACCUCCCCAAACACUUAACUACGCAUCAAGGCUGUGAUUGGUCCCCCACGGUAAUAGGUAUACCAGAAACCGACCUACAGCCCCUAUCGCAUUUUGAAAGAACAUUUUGAAAUUACUCAUAAAUUAUGGUGAUUUUAAUAAUGGUCUUAUUUCAAUGUACAAUUAAAAUACAAUCAAUGAACUGAGUGCAUUUCCCUCUCUCUACAAAUUAUUAUUAUUAGACGAGUGCACCAUUCCAGUAACCCUAAUAAUUGUGUCUGAUUUUGCAUCUCAUGAUUUAUGCCCAGUGCCAGCGUCCAUUACCAAUGCAAUAACAUUGUGCCCUUUAUUCAGUGAGGUAGAAAAUAAUUAUCUUGAGGUGUAGGAGGCCACAUACCUUAAUUUAAUGUUAACCAUUCUUAUUAACUGUAACCACCAUCAUUCCAGAUGUUAAAGUGUUAAGGUUGAUUUUAUUUGCCAUAACCCUGUCAAUGCUGCUGUAGCAAUGCCUAACAUACAAUUAUUUGUACAUCCAAAUGCAUUGAGAUGAAAAGGAGCUGUCAGAGAGAAGGUGGAAGAUCUGCUGAUCGAUAAUGGCGUAAGCGUCUAGACAUGCUUUCCUCAAAAACAUAAUGGUCCUGUUUAUGAAAUAAAAGAGAGAAGGUCAAAUGCUUGGCCAACUGCAGCAUGAGGUGGGUUUACCUGUCAUUAUAGAAUGUAACAUGAAGAGGCAUGGAUUUUUAUCAAUAUUAUUCAAUGAUCACCUCAGCGUUUAUUUUCCAUAAUGGUCAGUCCAUCACUUGUUACUUUUCGCAGACAUUGAUUUAUGGCAAUGAAUCUAGAUUUGGUCAUUGAAGUUGAGCAGAAGUGUUCAAUACCUUUGGCAUCUACACCUCAUGUACUACAUAGUGCAAUAUAACAUAAUAUUUACAUGCCCACAAUGUUUUUAAUUAAAGAUUACAAACCUGAGCUACUCUGGCUGUACAGGCACCAUGUUGUACAAUAUGUGUUAUAGGUUCUAAGCUAAGCUGAUUCUGGUUAGGUAAUGUUCUGUCCUGGUACAUCAACAUCAAUUCAGGCUUAUGGGGCACAGGCUUUUUAAAAUGGGCUAUUAAAAUCAUGAGUUAAAAUGGGCCAAACUUUCCCCUGUAAGGAGUGACAGUCGCUGCUGUCAGUACUCUGACUCAUGUGCAGUUUACACCUCACUCAUUUAAUGUCUUUCAAACAAACAUUUGGGAUCAAUGAGUUAACCACAGUUUUGUUGACGAGAGGUUGUUCUUUAACUGGUGGUGAGAGAACCAAGGCUGUCCCUCAAUUUAGAAGAGUAUGUACAGUGAUUUGCUACAAAUCAAUGGACUUCAUUAUGAAAGGCUGUAGCAAUGAUUUAGCAGCGGAAUCAAUCAAUUGUUUCUGGGGUGAUACAUUUCAAUAUGCUUUGCUGUUUGCUAAGUCAGUGACCAAAGGUUGUGUGGCGUACCAUCAGUGUAUUUAGUGCAAUUGAUGGAUGAAUGGAUUUUGUUCCCCAUGUUGGUCGCUUCCAUUUGCCAAUUAGCACUAAAACAAGUAUCCUUGAGGCUAAUGGGAAUUUUGAGCCGACAUGGUGUAGAUGAGAAUACAGGGAAAUGCAGCUAGUUAUUUCACAAAUGUCAAUACAAUUAAUGAUGACCCCGCCAGGUAGUUGUUGAGAUAUGUCAGUCUGGAUUUAAAUCAACCAAAAGGGGGCUAGGUUAAUACAACUAGUCUUUGUAUUUGGUAUCAUUACAAUAAAGAUUGCAAACGGAAUCUACAACCUAGCCCAGCACUUUUGUUAAAGUGUAUGGAUACUUGACACUCCUCCCACCUUCUCAGUGCACAUCGCAGCAGUAACCUACCAAAACAAGCUCAACAUCUGUGUUUUACCUUUAUAUUCUGAAAUGACUGGUCAUUAUCAUAAUGUGCAUUGUUGGUGAUGGUUAUUGGCUGUGCUUUGUAUUGGUUGAAAUACAGUAGCUCUGUGUUCAUGUACAGCAUCUUUGUUUGUUAUCUGUGGAGCCACUUUACUGUAUACUAUAUAUUCUCUUUUAUUGACUUCAUUCAGGCCAAACAUCAGUAUCCUUUUUCAACAGGUUCACCAGACAGCUAUAAUGAAAAAAUUACUGUAUAUCCCUUAAAGAGUGCAAACUAUUCCAGCUGCACAUGCAGUCAUAGUUAUGUUCUCUGGACUUGGCAGUACAGACCUGCACAUGGAUGUAUUAUGAGUUGAAUGUAAAAGGUAAAUGGUUUGUAUUUAUAUAGCGCUUUUCUAGUUUUGAUGACCACCCAAAACGCUUUACAGUAAUGUGUCUUGGCCUUGUGCUCACUGUAUUUAGAUCAAGCAAAUAUUUUGCUUAUUUUACUUGAUUCAGAUCACCUAGUUUAAACUCUAUAUCACACAUUUCUCUUGUAAAGUUUUAUUUUUAUCAUUAUACAAAUAAUUAAAAAAACAAGAUGAUGUUCUGACUUUGAUGAUUACA